UCUCCUCUUUCCUUGGCAUUGUUGGUUUAUGAUGGGAAAUGAAGAGGUUCGCUGGCGUGAGAUUGUAGUUUCUGUGUUUUCUCAUCUAGCAACUUGAAAAUUCCAGGUCUUUUAAGGAGUUUGAAUGAGGAAAACCACAAUGGCUCCUGCCCAGCUGAGCUGCUUGUUUCUCCUUACUCUUUAUUUGACAACUGGAUAUGGACAAGAAACAAGUGGACCCUUGAAGCCUAGGACAUUUACUGUCCCUGAAGGUGAACUACCAAAUAAGGACAGUUACAAAAUAUUCCAGUUUCAAGCCAAUCCUCCUAGUGUGAAUUUCCAACUAUCUGGGGAAACAGAUGGCAUAUUUGUCAUAAAUUCAGAGGGAUUUCUGUAUCUUUCCAAACCUCUGGACAGAGAAGCAAGAGCUGUUCAUCAUCUUCAGGUCUCAACCUUGGAUGCUCAAGGAAGGCGAAUAGAGGGUCCAGUCCCCAUCAUCAUAAUAGUGGAGGACAUCAACGACAAUCAACCUGAAUUUUCCAGGUCACUUUAUGAAGGCUCAGUAAGACAGAAUUCUCGCCCAGGAAGACCCUUCAUGUAUGUCAAUGCCACAGACAAGGAUGAUCCAGCCACUCCCAAUGGUCAACUGAAUUAUGAAAUUAUUGCCCAGUUUCCUAUGGUCAACAAUGUCAAGUACUUUCAGAUCAACAGCAAAACAGGGGGAAUUUCACUUACCCCAGAAGGAUCUGAGAAAUUGGAUGUUGCUGAGAAGUUUUCCUACAAUCUGGUGGUCAUGGUGAAAGACAGUGCAAAACUUCCCUUCAGUCAGACAACAAAUGUGCAGGUUACAGUGACAGAGAAUAUUUGGAAGGCACCAGCACCUGUGGAGAUUGUAGAAAACUCAACGGAUCCUCACCCCAUCCAAAUCACUCAGGUGCAGUGGAAUGAUCCUGGUGCACACUAUACCUUGACUGAAAAGGAGAAACUGCCAAGAUUCCCAUUUUCAAUUGAUCAGGAAGGAGCUAUCUUCGUCACUCAGCCCUUAGACCGGGAAGAAAAAGAUUCAUAUACUUUUUAUGCAAAUGCAAAGGAUGACUCUGGAAAACUACUUGCACGCCCUCUGCAAAUUCAUGUGAAAGUUAAAGAUAUUAACGAUAAUCCACCUACUUGUCCAUCUGCAGUGACUGUAUUUGAGGUCCAGGAGAACGAACUCAUAGGGAGCGUUAUUGGUACCCUCACUGCUCAUGACAUGGAUGAAGAAAACACUCCCAACAGUAUCUUAAGAUACAAACUUGUGGAUCAAACCCCCACAUAUCCCAGUAAUGACCUCUUCAUGAUCCAGACCUACAAAGGAGACUUACAGUUAGCUAAACAGUCCCUGAAGAAAAAAAAUUCCCCUCAAUACAACCUGACAGUAACGGUAUCUGACAAAGAUUUUGAGACCUACUGCUUCCUGCAAGUCAAUGUUAUUGAUAUCAAUGACCAGAUCCCCAUCUUUGAAAAAUCAGAUUAUGGAACCGUAACUUUUGCUGAAGAUACAGCCAUUGGGACCACCAUCUUAACCAUCCAGGCUACUGAUGAUGAUGAGCCAUUUACUGGGAGCUCCAAAAUCGUGUAUCGUAUCAUAGAAGGAGAUAGUGAGGGACAACUGGAGGUUAAGACAGAUCCCCAAACCAAUGCUGGACAUGUCACAAUUAAAAAGCUUCUUGAUUUUGAAACAACUGCUGUUCACAACAUUGUCUUCCGAGCAGAAAAUCCAGAGCCCCUAAUAUCAACUGUACAUUACAACGAAAGCUCUACUGCCAGAUUCCAGCUUAUUGUGACAGAUGUGAAUGAAGCACCCCAAUUUUCCCUUCCUGUUUUCCUAGAACGUGUCAUUGAGAAUGUGCCAGUAGGCACCAAAGUGGGCAAUGUGACUGCGUGGGAUCCAGAACAUCGGAACAUAAGGUAUUCACUGAAAGGCGACAGAAGAGGUUGGCUUAGAAUUGACCAGACCACUGGUGAGAUCUUUAGUAGGGCAACAUUGGAUAGGGAAGUUGAAAGUCCAUAUCGGGUACAAGUGGUGGCAUCUGAAGAAGGUGGCCACUUAAGCUCAGAAGUGGAUUUCCAACUGACCCUGUCUGAUGUGAAUGACAACUACCCACGGCUGAUGAAGGAAUACGAGGACUUGCUGUUCAUCUGCCAUCCCCUCAUAGGACACGGAAGUGUCACUUUUGGGGCCACAGAUGAUGACGUGCAGCCAUAUCGGGGUUCACGGUUUACAUUUUCCUUUGGCAGAGGCAACUCAAAUGAAAACUGGGAACUCUCCACAAUCAAUGGAACUCAUGCCACUCUCAUCACCAAGCACACAAAGUUUGAGGAGAAACCUUACGAUGUUGAGAUCCGCAUCAAUGAUAAUGGCCAGCCACCCUUGGAGGGGACUGUCUCACUAAGAGUUAAUUUUUGCAGGUGUGAAUUUGGAAGUUGUUACCGGGAAGCAGGUAAACAGCCUGGGAUGCCCACAGUGGGUAUGGCAGUUGGUAUACUCCUGACUACCUUCUUGGUCAUUGGUAUAAUUUUAGCAGUUGUGUUUAUGCGAAUAAAGAAGAAAGACAGAGAUAAUGCUGAAAAUGCUCCGGCAGCUGAAGCCCAACCUCUGAAAGGGAAUGCUUGAGUUUAUGUACCAAUUUCUAUUUCAGCAACAACCAUUUAAUCCCAUCAUUUAAAUUUUUAUCCAACAUGAGCACUAUUUUUUAGAUAUUCCCUCUUGCCCUUUAGUAUUUUAUUAUUAUUUUGUGUGCUAUAGACAUUAGAGCUAUUUUUCACUUUCCCAUGACACUUUUCCCCUCUGCAAAAGCCUUAGAUGUUUGGCUUUUGAUAAAUAUCUAUGCUUUUUUCCCCCUUUAGGGAAAAUGGACUAUUUUAUCAACUGAUCUUUUUUUAAAUCAAGGAGAUUUAUCUGUUGUUUAUCACAGAACUUCCUGAAUUCCAUUUAUGCUUUUUCUGCACCUAUCCUGUGUCUUCUUCCUCUGUGUAUCCUUUGUUAUUUCAAUAAUUUUAAAACAUUUGUUGGAUUAGUUUGAUGCUAUUAGCCUUUCUUUCUUUUUUUAUCCCAGUGAGGUUCAUGUUGCCUUGUUUGAGGUUUUUUCACUUAAGAGUGGCAUAGACAUACUUCAUAAGCCACGCUGUGGAAACCAACGACGCAUACAUGCUGAGCAUGUUUCCUUUGUGUGUACAUAUGAGUGGUUCUGGUUGUUAAUAUGUGGAACAAAAUAAGGAAGCAUGAAAGAAGUGACAAAGAUCAAGAAUAAAACGUAGGCGA